AGGGCUCCCCGUCUCUCUCUCUGUACGACAGAGGCAGAAAAAGGAAAAAGGACACCACUGGAGCCACGCGUGAAGGAGCGCUGCCCAGGUUUCGGAUGGAAAGGUGUUGUCCGAACCAGCUCUUCACAGUCACAAAAAUGGACCCCAUAUUCACGACGACGGACUAUCCAAGCAACUGGACCAACGCCACAGAGCCCAACGGUACGGAUGUAUAUUGGAACCAGUUCGUGCAACCAGUAUGGAGGAUAGUGCUGUGGGCUAUCGCCUACAGCACCAUUGUAAUCGUUUCCGUAGUAGGUAAUGUCGUGGUAAUCUGGAUCAUUUUAGCGCACAAACGCAUGAGAACUGUGACCAACUAUUUUUUGGUAAAUUUAGCGUUCGCAGAGGCGUCUAUGUCAGCCUUCAACACUGUUAUCAACUUCACCUAUGCCGUUCACAACGAAUGGUACUUUGGUCUGGUGUACUGUCGCUUCCACAACUUCUUUCCCAUCGCCGCAGUCUUUGCCAGCAUCUACUCCAUGACAGCCAUAGCACUGGACAGGUAUGUGGCCAUCAUCCACCCUCUGCAGCAGCGUAUGUCGUCCACUGAGACCAAGGUGAUCGUAGGGGUGAUCUGGGUCCUGGCGAUGUGCCUGGCCUUUCCGCAGUACUACUACUCCAGCGUCGCCCAGCUGCCCGGCCGCGUCGUCUGCUACAUCGACUGGCCUGAGUACACUGUGUGGAACUUCAAGAAGAUGUACCACGUUUGUGUGGCCAUACUCAUCUACUUCCUCCCUCUGCUGGUGAUGGGCUGUGCGUACCUUGUGGUUGGCCUCACCCUAUGGGCGAGCGAGAUACCAGGAGACUCUUCCGACCGCUACCGGGAGCAGCUUACUGCCAAACGCAAGGUGGUGAAGAUGAUGAUUGUGGUUGUGUGUACCUUUGCUACCUGCUGGCUGCCCUAUCAUGUGUAUUUCCUGCUGCACGAGUUCUUCCCUCACCUUUUCGAGGAGACCUUCAUCCAGCAGGUCUAUCUGGCCGUCAUGUGGCUGGCCAUGAGCUCCACUAUGUACAACCCUGUUAUCUACUGUUGUCUCAAUGACAGAUUUCGGGCAGGAUUCAAGCAGGCCUUCCACUGGUGCCCCUGUGUCCCCGACGGCUCGUACGAAGGCCUGGAGCUCAAGUCCACCCGCUACCUGCAAACCCAGACCAGCGUGUACAAGGCCAGCCGCAUGGAGACCACCGUGUCCACCGUGCUGCACCACGGGGAGGAGGAGCAGGAGGCGGCGGUCCGAGGGGCGUCCACGGCUCGCCGUCAUUCCCUGGACCUGACCUCCAACGGCUCGUCCUCUCGGAGCAUCUCCAAGACCGUGUCAGAGACCUCAAGCUUCUACUCCAGCAACAACCUGGCCUAAAGAGCCACCAUGUCUCUGCCUGAUCCGCACAUCUUCUAACACCUGAGGACCAGCGCGGCCUGGCGGCACAUGUUGACAGCCCAUGCGCUCUGCUUGCCAACGCUGAGGUCCUCUUCAGUCAUCCAUGUCCUGCUUAC